CUGCAGGACGCUGGUUUGAGGAAAGUUAAAAAUGGCUAAGAAUCAUGACAACCACUUUAAUGCUCCAAUGAUGACAAAGGCACACUGGAGAAAACCCAUCCAUGUAAGUAGCUUUACUUUAGAAACACGCAGGAUGGAGAAAAAAAAAUCACCAGAUGGAAAACUAGACAGGGAAUUUAAAGCAUUUUCAGCACAGGCUUGGACAACUGCCUCUCCAAACUGAGAUUAAGGUUGCAAAUGCGACAGUUGACAGUUCAUGCUGCAUGUUUACUGAAGUGAUGAGCUGAAGAAAAAUGUGUGUUUGUUGUGGAGCAUUUCUAGUUCUAUGAUCAGGUGUUUAAUGUUUCUUUGAGCUGUAUGCCAUGCCAUAGAGUUUUAUGGCUUAUGUAGUUGUAGUUUUAGUCUAAAGAUAAUAUGCUGAUCACUACAGCUCCUCUUGUUCUAAUCUCUGGUUAAUGUUGUGAGUUAUUUACUUUCAGGGUUUGUGGCAGACUGUUGUUUGCACAUGGUGGAGGACUUUACUCAUACUCACACUGAAAGCUACGACGAGAUUGCUCUGUACACAGACCAUUUGACUAUGUCAGGCUCAACUGGCUGAACCUUUCAGUCUUCUCUUGACGUUUCCACGGACUGUCGUAAUUCAGCUUUUUACUGCAGCAGCUAGAGUUGUUCACACUCAACUGAGUGUAAGUUUUUUUUGUAUGUUAGGAUUUUAGGAUAAUAAUCCAACAGCUAUGGCUGGGAUCUAAAUAAGUAGGCCGGUGUUUCACAUGGAAAAGCCAGUUUGUCACAAACGGCUGUGUAAUAGUGUGACAAACUGAAAGGGAGAGGCGACAGAUCACACGCUGCAAUCAGACCCCUGAUUUAUUUGAAAUGAUUGAAAAGAUGCAGGGCAGCAGGAUGGAUGAGCAGAGAUGCACCUUUCCUCCCCCGCUGAAGACUGAGGAGGACUACAUUCCAUACCCAAGUGUCCAUGAGGUGUUGGGCAGAAAAAGCCCCUUUCCUCUCAUCCUCCUGCCGCAGUUUGGAGGUUACUGGAUCGAAGGGACUAACCAUGAUAUUAAUGACACAGUGGAACCAGAACAACUGCAACCUCUGUCCCCCAACACCCGCACCAAGCUGGAAUGUAACACAACAGCCAUGAUCUACAGGAAACACUUCCUGGGCAAGGAGCACUUUAAUUACUAUUCAGUGGACAGCGCCCUUGGACAUCUGGUGUUCUCUCUAAAGUACGAUGUGAUUGGUGACCAGGAACAUCUCCGUCUAAUGCUCAGGACCAAGCUGAAAACCUACCAUGAUGUGAUCCCUAUUUCCUGUCUGACAGAGUUUCCCAAUGUGGUCCAAAUGGCCAAGCUCGUCUGUGAAGAGGUCAACGUGGACCGCUUUUUUCCUGUCCUGUAUCCAAAAGCUUCUAGACUUAUUGUCACCUUCGAUGAACAUGUGAUAAGCAACAAUUUCAAGUUUGGGGUCAUUUAUCAGAAGUAUGGACAGACUUCAGAGGAAGAGCUGUUUGGCAACAGUGAAGAGAGUCCUGCCUUUGUAGAAUUCCUGGAGUUUCUAGGAGAGAAAAUUGAGCUGCACAACUUUAAAGGUUUCCGUGGUGGGUUAGACGUGACUCAUGGGCAGACUGGCACUGAAUCUGUCUACUGCAACUACCGCAACAAAGAGGUCAUGUUCCAUGUGUCCACAAAGCUGCCUUACACAGAUGGGGACACCCAGCAGUUGCAGAGAAAGAGGCACAUAGGAAACGACAUUGUGGCCAUCUUAUUCCAAGAGGAAAACACUCCCUUUGUACCAGACAUGAUUGCCUCCAACUUUCUCCACGCCUACAUUGUGGUCCAAGUGGUGAACCCCUGCUCUGACAAUGUUCUCUACAAGGUGUCAGUGACGGCAAGAGAUGAUGUACCUUUCUUUGGCCCAGCCCUCCCAAACCCUGCUGUCUUUAAAAAAAGUGCUGAAUUCCACGAAUUUCUUUUUACUAAGCUCAUCAACGCAGAAUAUGCCUGCUACAAAGCUGAGAAAUUUGCCAAAUUAGAGGAGCGAACGCGGUCGGCCUUGUUAGAGACCCUUUAUGAGGAGCUCCAUGUGAACAGCCAGGCCAUGAUGGGUGUUGGAGGAGACGACGACAAACUGGAAAAUGGGAGUGCAGGAGGAGGGGGCUUCUUUGAGUCCUUCAAGCGAGUGAUCCGCAGCAGGAGCCAGUCAAUGGACGCCAUGGGUCUUACUUUCAAGAAGCAGCACUCAUUCUCCACUAGCCUCAGCAGCAGCUUUAACCAUGAUCCGGCAGAGAGCCCCAAAAUCCCAGGGAUAUCAUUGCUUGUCCCAGGCAAAAGUCCCAGUAAAUAUGGACGUCGAGGCAGUGCCAUAGGGAUAGGAACAGUAGAAGAGUCGUUGAUAAUCCCGGGGAAAAGCCCGACCAGGAAAAAGUCUGGUCCUUUCAGCUCCAGGAGAAGCAGUGCCAUUGGUAUUGAAAACAUCCAAGAAGUCCACGAGAAGAGUCGAGAGAGCUCCCCAAGCACCCAGAAGACCCCCGACAGCGGCCACGUCUCCCAAGACCCCAAAUCUGACAACUCGUCCAAUCAGAGCUCCCCUGAGGUGCUCACAACUACGAAGAACAGUUCUUAUCUUGGCAGCAGGGCCCCGUCCAUCCCCGAGGGUCACGACCUGUCACGCUCCUCCUCCAAUGCGAGCAGCUUCGCCAGCGUGGUGGAGGAGAACGAGACGGAGGCCACAGAGGACUAUGACACAGGCAUGGAGAGUCUGUCGUCUGCCGGGACGCCACACAAGAGAGACUCACUGACCUACAGCACCUGGCUGGAGGACAGCGUCAGCAGCACCAGUACCACCAGUCGCGGUAGCUCCCCAGGGCCCAGUAAACCUGAACGAGGGAAGGGGACAGACGUCCGUAUCAAACUGGAACGACCACACGAUCAUCAGUCCUCAUCGAACUGUUAACUCCACCCAUCUGGUUGUAUCCUGGAUCUCCAUCUUCAGCAUUCCCAUAAGUCACAAUCCCACUGGGAGGUGAGACAAGUGCAGGCGUUCGCCAUCACAAAGGAUAAGAAGGACGAAGAUGAGGAAGAAGAGAAAGGAGAGAAAAGGCAGGUGGAGCCUGGCCGGUCUGCUGCUCAGUGAGGGCCAGAGAGCAGCGUAUCCAGAAGCCUGCAGGACAUUUGGGAGAAUAACGCACAAAGAGGGGCCAGCUUUUGCACAGUGUUGUUUCCUUCCACUCUUUUCUUUGCCUGGUCACACAUCUGUUGCCUAGUUGUAUGGUUGUUGUUUUUUUACCACACCUUUUGUUUCAAAAGUGCACAUUUUAUUUACAAAUGUAAAAGUUUGGUUUUAUAAUUUUAUUGUGUUGAACUGUGUACUACGAAGAGAGUUCAACAUACCCAGGGCAUCUUUUUUUGUUAUCUGGCUUCACUAAACUUAACAAUAAGUCUCACAUGACAGUGGUUAUCAACUCUGCAAGUCAACCUGGGUUUCCCAAACUAGUCAUAAGUGUGCUCACAUGGAAGGGGCGGUGUUUGACCAAUCACAGAUAUGGACAAGUCAACUGGCAGCAGAGGGACAUUUCUUACAAACAAAGAGCAUAAUAUAACAUAAGACAAAUACAUAUACACUACUGGUCAAAAGUUUUAGAACACACCAACUUUUCCAGAAUUUAAUUGAAAAUGAUGCAGUUUAAUGUCUCAGUCUACUCUGAAAUUAACGCACAUUUGCAACAUUUAAAAUUCUUUAUUGAGCAUGAAAGUGUUUUGAAAUUAAAAAAAAGAUUCAAAAUCACAUUUUACGUUGAACUAAAGGACUAAAAAAAGACACAAAAUGACCACAAAAAAAAACACAAAAUGACAAAAAAAGACACCAAAAGACACAAAAUGACUUACAAAGACAUGAAAAGAAUUAAAAAAUUGACAAAAUAGCCCAAGACUCCAUAGAGUUAAGUUGUUAACCCAUUUCUUAAUCCCUGAAAAGGCCUACUUGUAUAAUUCUGAAAUGUACAUUAUUUUCCAGUUUUGGUUAACCUUACCUUUUUUUAUUUACCUCUGGCAGUUCACCACUUACCUUUGUACCUUUUCAAGCUGUUCAUUUGACUUGAACUGCUUGAAUUUCAAUAAAAAAUGGAAAAAUUGGGGUGUUCUAAAACUUUUGACCGGUAGUGUAAGUUAAUCACAUGAUUGAGGCUAAACGCAGCACAGGUACAGCUGCCAAUAGCAGGAAGGACAGCAAUCACACAUGACUGCUACUUAUUGUACUGGAAUAAAUAGCCUGGAAGUAAGGCUAUUUAUCUUUUUGAAUUAUUUUUAUUAUUUAUUUGCAAGUCUGUGUCACACCAUUGGUGUUGCAGCUGAAAGAUCGCUGCCCCAUCGAGGGCAUGAGUAGAUCUAUAAUUACAUUUGUGUAUUCCAUUAAAUUAAUGUGUUGCUUUGAAUUAUUACGUGGGCUUUUAUACAUGCCGUGUAUGACAAUUUGAGCCUCAUUCUUUCAGCUGCAAAACCAGCAGUGUGAAACAGACUUCAGAGCAAAUUAAAAAAGUCAUUCAAAACGGUAUUCGAGGAAGUGAUUGGUCAGUCGGCUAAUUAAACCUUAAGUUAUCUCACUGCUGGCUACAACAGUGCUCUUUGAGGAGAUUUUGACAACGACUUUUGCUUGCAGUUUUAACAAAUCAACAAAGGUUU